AUGUUCGGCAGGAUAGUUCUGGAACCUCAUCAGACGGGGUUCGUCCAUUGUCUCGAUUCGACGGAUUGCAAAGCCCGAAAUCAGUUCUGCUUCGUCGGCUACUCGAGUUUUGACAGACUCAACGGGAUUUGUGUGAAAGGUUGGUUGGUUGAAGGGGCCUGUGUCACAGUAAAAUAGUUAAAAACUUUUUUUCAAGCUUCCUUGUUUGAAAACUGAAAAAGUUUAACAAAAAAAAGCUCAAUUCAAAAGUGGUUCGAAAAAAAUCAGAAUUGUUUUAAUUGAGUUUAGUUUCUACGUAAUAAAUUAAUGUCUUUUUCAAAGUAGUUCUGCGAAAUUCGAAAAGAUCUCCGACUCGCCAAAAAUUUAGUGUUCUUUCUAUUUCCUGCCGAAGAUUUCAGUUUGAACGGCAAAGGUUGUUUUCUAUUUUCCCAUUCUACUUCUACCUUGUAGACUGGAAAACUUCUUCUUCAACAAUUGAUGAAUCAAUUUAAGUGCCGAGAGAAAAGAUCUGUCAAAUUACCAAAGAUUGCGAAAAGGGCUAUUUCUGCAGCCCAGUCUAUGGAAAAGCGAACCUUUUUGGGGAUCCUGGAUUAGUGGUGAAAAUCUGCUACAGCGGUGAGGAAUUUCGCUCUCAAAAAACUGUUGUUUGGAUUCGGUUGACCUUUGUACGAGUCUUCGCCGAGAUUCAAUAAUAAAAAUGUAGAAUCGAAAGAAAAAUAACAUAGAGAAAGUUUAAAAAUUUUUAUAUUAGAAGUUCUCUAUAGAAUCUCGCCCAGCUUUCAUUGAUGUUGUCGACGAGGAAACGUUUUCAGCCUCCGGGUUGAACUUAAUCGAGCUUCGACGAAGUUGACUUCAGUACAGAAUGAGAAAACAAUUUCUUUUCGAAUAGAGACGCUCCAAAAACUUGAAAUAGCGCUUUUUUGCAAACAUUGAAGCUUCAUAAAUCGAUAAAAAAUGCGAGAAAAUUGUUCAGGUGGUCUUAAGGUACACUUCAGCAAAGUUUGAUCAAAGUUUCAACCAGGGGCUCAAAAAUUGGGGCAGGAACGGAGCGUACAUCGGCUGGAUCCCACUCCAGCCUUCGCGCCGAAAAAAAUUGAAAAUGUACUGAAAUAGACCGCAAUUUUCAGGGUAGGAUCCAGCCGAGGUAUGGAACGGGGCCCAAUUUCUAUAUGUUCUACUUUUGGAAACUUCAUGACUAUUGUAUAAGUCACAAUAUAAAAAUUGUUUCCUGCUUAACUGAACUGUUGCAAUAUUAUUCGAUUUAGUGUGAAUCGAAGUAUAUUUUGAAAUAUAGCGAACUUUUAUCUCUGAAGAUAUAUUUAAGAUAGUUUGAGCACUGUUUUCAUUCUUCCUACUCACUAGAGAGCAUUUUCAGAGCCGUUGACCUAUAUUCAAAAACAGAGGAAUCCACGCACCAACGAUAUCUUUUUUUGUAAUUCUACUUGCAACGCGCCCGACGUCUAUUGUGAAACUAUGAAAGAAGAGAUGCUUGGUUUCAAAGGAUUUUGUGCACACGGUUUUGCAUUUUCCAGUUGAUUUUUCCCGUUUUUCUGCAUAUCUUGCCUGAAAACAAAAUAACUAGCUACCCUUUUUCAGUUAAGGAAGUAAACAACAGAUAUCCACUCUAUACGCUGGUCAAUGGAGCUGAUUGCCAGAACCACGAGCAAUGCGCUUGGACCGACUUUUACGAAAACUUGCCGCAAGAAGAUAAGUUCAGAUACACGUACGAUAAAAAGACCGUCGGUUAAGACUUUUAUCAAUUUACAGCCGAAGCUGUGAGGCGUAUGAAAGUCAUUGGUUCUGUAUGCAUGGUGAGUCAGAAAAUCAAUAAAAUGACGAACAAAACUUUGCUCGACAAAUGUUGUUCAUUCCAUGGGUGAUUGAUUGAAUUUUCAAGGGCGGUCACAACUUUCAUAAUGUAAUAUAAUAUAUAAUUUAUUUACAGGCAGAACAAAAAUAACAUGUACAAAAAAAGAAGGAAAGAAUUGGCAUUUAAGCCUGAAAUAAAUAAAUAAAAGGCACUUGAGGCCCUCACGAGCCUCUGAGCCAGUAUUGAAAGAUGAUAAGGCCACUCUUGUUCUGAAAAGAGAGUUAGUGUUAAUUUGAGCUAAUCUAUCUUCGUAACUAGAAAAUCUAAUGUUAGCUCUCAUAAAUGUUUGCCGAGUGAAUUGACGGAAGAUGUUUUCGAGAUCGUAGGAUUGGUUGAGAUACUUGGGAAGUUCAGAUGAAAGCAAAUUUUUUUUCAAAAGGGGCAAUAUAAAACGAGAAGAGGAAAUCAGUACUUUGUAUAGCUGAUUCACGGCUGGCUUGAGCCAUCGAAAAAAUGGUCCUGGCACGAUAAUACACAAGAUAGCGCCUGGCUCGUGGAGAGCGCAGACAAGACACGCCCCCUUAACGUCCCAAGCAGGCCUUGAAUCAACUAUAGAACUUUUCAUUGCGAACUCAACGGUCUGCUUGAAAAAUCACAACUAUAAAUACUUUUGAAGCAAAAAAGCGAUUGUAUUCUCCGUGGUCAUGCGAGAAAACGAAAAUUGGUUCGAAACGCAAGAAAAUUAUACCAAAACAAAAAUUAGUACUGUUUUGGAGCAAAUUUGGUGGACAGAUGAACACACUUCUGCGUUUUGAAGCAUUUCUAAUAGGAACUUUUGUAUAUUUUCAAGUAUACUCUUCGACAGAGGUGGAGAAUGGCUGCCCACUGACCGCCCUGCCUGCCAAGCCAUAAACGCCCAAAAGGCAGAAAUGACUUUUUCAAAAGUCAACGUGGCGCGACGGUCAUUUGUAAGGCGAAAUCGCCCUAACAUCUCAGAAGCGCUUGUUUCGAGCAAUGUAUAAAAACUUGUUUACACAAAGGAAUCAGAAUUUUUUUAACUGUUAAAAAAAUUCGAACAUAACGACUUUUUUUGUUUUUUUGGGAACUUUCCGACGGAGAAGUUUCCGACUAAUCCUUUUCCGACUUUUUUUUAGAUAAAAAUCUGUUUUGAAACUUCCUAUAUGAAAUAGGUAGUUGAUUCAUGACUAAAACACAAAAAAUAGAAAAAAAAAGUUAAUAGAUAAAAUAUAAGGGAAAAAGUCGGAAAAAGAUUCGUCGGAAAAUUCCCUGGCAAUAUGAAAACAUCGGAAAAGUCGCCGUUCGAAAAUUCGCUGGCUUUUUUUUUUCAUACUCUCGAAAAAUUAAGAAACAGACCUGUACGCCUUCCACUCUUAACGAGGUGGCCUGGCGUAGUAUGAUUCUUCUGUCAUGUGACUUUUUUUGGAAACCAAAUGAAUUAAGAGAAACAAUUUCGCAUCAAUUUCAUGACAUCUCAAAAUUUUUUGAUCCGAGUAGUUCUCCGGUGAGAUUGAAAAUGUAGCCUACUGACCCGUUUCGGUGAAAAUUCCCUGCUAAAAUAUCUGUUACAGUAGGUUAAAAACGUUAACACGGAGUUGCGAAAAAAAAAUAACAUUUCAAAAUUUACAAAAUUGAUAAUGAUAGUUCAGGGCGUUAUCGCCAGGUACUUGACCUAGUUACCAAAGACCACGUAAACUAAUGGCUCAUUUUUAUCUUUUGGCCCAAUGGCUUGGCUUGGCCGCCAAGCCAAGGGCUGCCUUCCCAAUCCUACACCUCUGCUCUUCGACACGCAAUAAAAAGUUUUAAGCUAGCUAGUUAGAAGUAUCUUAAAAAAUAGUCCGUUCACCGCAACUUAGAAGUUUUCGAGUGUCUGCGUCUCUCUGUUCCCUCACAGGAGAGGUCGAAAACAUAUAAAUAUCACGCCAACAUGAGAAGGUCGCCGAGACACGAGGAGGGCGCAGAAAAGUCCCGUCCUUUCAAGUUGCGAAAAACGGACUAUACCCUGCGUAGUUAUUGCAGAAAAACCAAUUGAAAUUCCAUUAAGUCUAUUCUUUCAGUGUAGCGCUUUAGCCAUUUUAUCUUCUUUUUUUCUUUUUCUUUUUUCAGUUAUUACAUGGAGAGAAAUAAAUGUUAUGAACUUUACACUCUGUAAACGGCCAUAGAUAUCGGCCAUAUCAGAGCUACAAAACUCAGAGCCAAAAAUAUUUUGCAGGGGAACUUCAACAAAGGCAUUGUGCAGACUAUGAACAUCCGUCGCUCACUAGUGACGGAACCACGUAUUACUGCGUUGAUCGGAAACAGCCUACAUCUACUCUGCCUCCGCCGCCACCGAGGCCGUUACCCACGCCGUCACCGCCGACGACGGAGCCGCCGCUGUCCACGGGUUCUUCUACUUCAGCUCCAAGAACAUCAACCAUCGAACCUGAUGAUGACGAUGAUGAUGACGAUUUCGAAGCAUCGACGUCUGAGGAACAGGGUGUGACGCAGGUUAUAACAACUGAAGAUUCUGCCGCUAAGGUUGGAUGGUUUUCAUAUCAGAGAAAACGACUUGGAAAUUUGACAGAGAGAGGAAGGUCUUGAAACGACGACUGUCAUCGUCAUCGCCGCCGUGGUUGCUGUCGGGAUCCUCAUUGCACUUGCCGCCGUCGCUUUGUUCGUGAUCGCGCGCAACAAGAAGGACAAAAAAGCCAAGAAAUCCAAGGCACACAAAAAAACGAAGAAGAUGAGGGGCAACUCGAGUAGUGGCAAAAAUUCUGGAAAUUCGGUUCGUAUCUUUUUUAUACACAAGUAAUAAUUUCGCAACAAAUCGUUUUCAGAAACUAUUUUAGAUUAAAAAAGACACCCUUAAAAACUCUUCAGUACUUAGAUACACAGGUGCUCACCUGCCUACAGUAACGCGGCUACAGUAAAAGGAAAUGGCUUCAAAAGUUUUUCUGAUGAUGGACUAUCAUCUUGAAUGGAAUUUCAUCAAAAUCAAAAAAAUAGUGCUUUUGUAAUUUUCGAAAAUUACAAAAACAGUGUGUUCAAAUUAAUUUUGGCGGAAAUGAGAUAACUUUCAAAAAUAUUCAUCAUCUUCUCCACUCUAUAACCUUUUAUGUUUAGCCGAAAAUAAAUUAGUUCGACUUUUCAAAAAAUAACCAAGUAUCAUCAGUUCGAACUUUGUCCCUUUCUGUAACAGGAAAGCCUUGAGAAUGCAUUUUUUUGAAGAUCCGUCAAUAUAGCUGGUUCACGGCUGACUUGAGUAAACGAAUUGGGUCCUGACACGAUAAAAAAAAAGGUAGUACCAAGGCGUCUGCGUUUCCCAAGUCAGCCGUGAAUCGGCCAUAUCUUUUCGAAAAUGAGAGAAAAUAAUUUAUUAUCAGAGGAGCGCACAAUUUUGAGUGUGCGCGGCCUUUUUUUCAUAACUUUUAAUUGAGUUCCAAUAUAAUUUUUUUUUGUUUACAUUCACAAUAUUGGUUUCAGGGUGGAUCCCAGUCUUCUUCGAUAGCUAAUUGA